AUGUUCAACAAAUUUACAUCAUUACUGAAGCAUACUGGUGUUUGUUGGGAUAGCCAGCGACUUACUAUCACUGCACCGGAUGACGUUUGGGAAGCCCUUUACAAGGUUAAUACCCAUGCAAAGAGGUUUAGGAAAAAAGGGAUGGUUUACUACCAUGAGUUGUCUCGUAUCUUAGGAGACACAUUCGCAACUGGUAAACUAGCUUUUCCUUCCACCAAAUCACCUUCUGAAAGUAGUGCCGGUUCUGAUCCUGAAUUUAAGGUAAAGAAUGAGGAGUUAGAUGCAUUGCAAAUUGAUAGUGAUAAUGAAAAUGGAGAUGGCCAAGGCAAGGGCAAGGGAAAGGGCAAGGGCAAGGACAAGGGCAAGAGCAAAAUGGGAGGUAAAAAGAGUAAGAAGAGGAGCUCUUUUCAAGAUAAUAUUUCUGAAGCACUCAAAGAAAUGAGUGAAAAUAGCAAGAGGAAGGUGGACCUAAUGGAAAAGCGUUUCACAAGUGCUUCAGUUACUAAUGUUGGCGAUGACAGUGGUUCAAUUGAAGGUGGCUCUACUCCAUCACGUUCAUUACUGAAAGAGUGCAUGGCACUAUUGCAUGGUAUGGAGGAAAUUUCUGCUGCUGCUUACACUAAAGCUGUGAACAAGCUUGCAUCGGAUCCCAUAAUAAGGGAGGUAUUUGUUGAUAUGCCUGCUAGUAGGAUGAGGGAUUGGGUCCUUAAUCUUUGA